AUGAAGAACAUUGCCGAGCGAACACGAGAUCUGUUUUCCGUAGAUGUUGGAAUCUCAUUAGCUCAUCGUGUAUUGGCAGAUUUUAAAUCGAGAAAAGGAAUUGCAUUCGAAUUCCGAAACCGAUUUGGAAAAGUUAAUGAACUCCGUCGACAAAAAUGCCAAAUAACAGAGAUUGCAACAAUCAAUGUGAAAAAUCAUCAGGUGUUUUAUAUAAUCACAAAAGAAUUUUUCUGGCAAAAAACAAGUUAUGAAAUUUUCUUUCAAAGUCUGCAGAACCUCAAGUCAAUCUGUGUCAAAUAUACACCCGCAAUGAGUAAACGGCAGAUAGCAAACUGCAGAUCAUCCAGGAAUUUCAUGAAAAUCCUAUUGGUGGACAUCAAGGUGUAA